GGAAAUCGAAUAAUCAAGAUAUAUUACGCUCUGGUGAGGGAACUUUCUGUAAUCUCUCGAAAUUUACAGGUAUUGUAUGCACUUGGCCCAAACUCCAAGGAAGUGUUGGUUCUUUGGAUUUAGUCCUCAGGUGUUUGAUUACGGCAGCAUGAUGGAUCCUGAACCUGGAAGGUGUAGAAGAACUGAUGGGAAGAAAUGGAGGUGUAGUAGAGAUGUGGUUCCUGGCCAGAAGUACUGUGAGCGUCACAUGCACAGAGGCCGUCAGCGUUCAAGAAAGCAUGUGGAAUCUUCUAAAAAUAUUUCAGAAUCUGAUACAACCAUAACCAUCACAUCCAGUGACACCUCUACAGCUAUCAAUUCUUAUAACACCACCAAUACAAUUGCCAAUCUCUCUGUUUCUGUUCCUCCCAAUCUUCACCUCAUGAUUCCCUCUUCUUCUGACUACAGCAACAAUGUCCCUGCCAUUGCUGAAACUACCACUACCUCCUCUAGAAGUGGCAACAGUAGAGUUAACAAAAUUAAUAUCUUUAGUGAUUCAUCUGCCACCCCUACCACCAUCAAUUUCUGCAAUAUCGACAACAGAAGCAAAAACAAUGUCGGUGUCAAUAGAGACACCACCGUCACAACCACAUUCAUCAGUGCAGUUGCCGACAAAUUCAACACCAAAGACAACAGCUACUGCAUUGGUGACAAGGACACCGGAUUUGACCAUUCCAAUUACAGAUUGGUAAAGAGAAGCAGCAGCAAUGUAAAAGAAGUCAAAAUUGGUGGUUCUGUAGCUCCAAGAUUUGGCAUCUCCCCGAACAGUGUUCUUCAAGAUGGUACUGUCACAGGUUGCAGUAGCUCGGUCUUUGAAUAUAGUAAUUCUGCAGAUACUGAUUUACAGAGAUGCAGGAGAACCGAUGGUAAGAAAUGGCGAUGUAGUAGGGGUGUCAUUCCUGAUCAGAAGUAUUGUCAGCGGCACAUGCACAGGGGGGCAAGAAAGCUAUCUAUAGCCUCGGAGUCAGCAAUUAUUUCCGAGGCUGCUCCUCCCAGAGUUUGGAGUUCUGCUGCUCCUAUUGCUAAACCUAAAAAGCUUGAUAAUCGCAUAAACUUGAACACCAAUCUCUCUAUCUCAAUCACUCCAAGUCUUCAACAAAAAACAGAUGGCGAAAAUAGUUCUACUAGAAGAAGCAGCAGCAGUGACGCCACCACCAUCACCGAUGAAAAUACCAGCAUCUGUAAUAUGGCCUCUCUAUCACCAUAAAAUCUCAGUAUAACUAAUACUUGUUAAACUCCUAAUCAUGUUGCAAGCCUUUUGAGACCAUCUUUGAGGAGAGAUUUUCUAACGAGAAAACAGAUUGUUUUG